AUGCCUCAGGCGCAACGCCUCGGAGCGUUGCACAAAUUUAAGCGUACACACGGAGCCGUUUUAGUCGCGACUGAUGUGGCCAGCAGAGGCCUGGAUAUUCCGCAAGUCGGUCUAGUCGUGAAUUACGAUGUUCCUCUGGAUGCGAAGACCUACAUGCAUCGUGUUGGUCGCACAGCGCGGGCUGGAAGAAUGGGUUGUGCUGUAACAUUGCUUACCCAAUACUCCGUGGUAUUCUUUCUCAAAGAAAUCGAAUCACACUUGGUUUCCGCUCUUGGAUCGGAGCAACAGAAGAUCCCGGCUCUUGUCACUGCUGAGAGCGAAGAAGACCGCGCACUGGAAGCGGCUGUGGCUCAGCUUCAUGAGCAGGUUAUGGAGGCUGGGGCCCGAUCUAACCAAGCUCUGCAAGCCAUACGCAAACGAGGCAAAAACGCCUCACACACAACUCCAAACGACAAGGUGGCUACGGAUAGCACAGAUCAAACAGUUUCCACUGGGACUGCGACUGCCACAACGUUACCUGGUCUGAAAAGAACCGCCUGGGCGUCUGAGGCCCCUGCAGCAAGACGGGAACAGAUUAGCGAGGUGUUACAAGCGAUGCGUGUGGAUUCGCAGGCUGCGAUCGAAACAUUAGAGUCUGCUGCUACGCAACCUCCACACCGAAAUGUAUCACGCAAACGAGCUCGAUAUUUACGCAUGAAAGCCAAGCAAUCGGAAGAGGGAAAAGCUACAGGCAGAAGCGGUUCAAUGAAUCGGCAAAAGCCCUCCGGAGGUUCGCGGGAGAAGAAUCAACGGCGUGGUCGAGGACAAGGGGGACGACACCGGGGGCAUUGA